AGGUGGGAGACCAAGGGGUCCGCUGUCUGUAGUAAGCAUCUGUUCCCCUGCGGAGCUGAUGGCUGCGGUCGUUAUGGCUUUUUGUUGUCCUUUGCAUCUUGACAAAAAUGUUUGGAUUUCAUCCAGAUUUGGGUAUGUCCGUGAGGCUGUACCACGAGUCAGUGUCGUUUAUUACAUCAUCUUAUACACAAAGAUGUCUUGAGAGCCCCCUCCUUCUCCCUCUCUUUCUCUCGCUCCCUCCCGCUUUCUCUCCCUCCCUCCCCAUGGUUUUAGGCACUUCAGAAGUUUUCCCUGGACCUCAGUGAAAUGAGAAAAAACAAAAACCUUUGUGUGCAUGAAAGGUAACCCCCUUUCCUUGCGAAGGACUAUUCUUUGUUCUGCAGUCACCCCCUGCUUACUAUUAAGAUCUUCUUUUAUAGUAGGUGAUACACUUCUUAAUGCUCUUCCUUAAGAAAAUUUUAAAACGGCAGUCCUGCCGCCCCCCUCAUUUUAAACUGACUGAAUUCCGGCUCUUCCGCGUUGGUUCCUGACGUCACCCCUGACCCCUUAGACGAAUGCCCUCAAGUCCUUCAGUUCCUUUGCCUCACAAGCUUUGCUCUUUGCUGGGAGGCAGAGGGCUGGCGCGCCAGGAAAAGGCGGGAGGGUGGCCGAGGGUGUGUCCCCAGGAUGGCGGGAAGCUGGAGGCGCCCCCGGACGGGGGCUGGACUGGGAGCUGCCGAGGACAGGCGCUAGUUGUGCUGUUGUCUUGUCUCCUACUUGCACAGAAGGUGGAGGCUGAAGAGCAGACAUAGGUCCGCACCCCACACCUCUCUGCGCCCCAGGGCCCUGUCUGAGAGCUGGGAGCGGUGCUGCCCCCACAGGCUGUUCUGGCCGAAGCGAGACAGUCCAUGUGACUCUCCUGCCGCAGCUCUCACAGCAGAGUGGGACCCCCGGGGGCGUCGCCGAGUGUGGCCCGGUGUUUGGAUGUUUAGGUGGCUGGGAUGCGACGAAAGACCUUGUGCUUUGCCUUCCUCCGGCGCCGGGAACAGGCCUGCCGGUUGCUGGGACGCGGCGUCUAUGCGCGGGCCCAGAUCAUAGAUGCGAAAACCCAGACGGUCUUACCGAGAAGGCACCGGGCCAGUCCUCCCAUCUCUCAGUGGCCGCGGUCCAUGAGCCACGCGUGUUCCAGGCGCUGAGUGGCGUGGGGGUUGGGUGGGGAGGGCAGAGAUUUUGGCCUUACUUCCCAGCAUUCAUUUAUUUUUCCUCAUUCUUUCCACAUCUCCUAACCCCCUUCUGGAUUUUCCCCAAAUGCUUCAGAAGCAAAAUAAUAAAUGGUGACUGAGGUCAGUGCCACAAAGAACCAGGGACAAGCCGAUGAGAUAAAGAGCCCUGCCUCUGCCUCCUGUUGCCUAGGAGAAGCCAAGCGUCAGACACGGGCAGGCGAGGCUGUGUCAAGUGAGUGCCCCAGCCCGGGGGCACACUUGCAUUAUUAAAGGGCUCGCUUUUAGACCUGACGCGGCUUCUUCCUGGCCUGGACCUGUCAGGCACACGUUCAUUUGCAUGGGAGAUGGAUAAGGUUAUUAAAACCUCCAGUUCUGCUAUUUUCAGUAGGGUUUUUAAAUCAUGGCUGAAUGACUAUGGCUGUACUAGAACGAUACAGCAUCAUAAAAAAUUCUCCCACCUUUCCGCAUUUGGAAACCCAUAAUCUAUGACUGUUCCUUUUUAUUCUGCGAGUCUCGCCCCUCCUGAAUCCCCAGAAGUACAUGUAGUGAGGAGGAAAAGCUCUUGGCACUCGUGACCCUUAAUAAACGUGGUUGACUGAGGUUGACGAGGUCCUGGCUGAGGACGUGGUUGUAAGAGCAGGCUGCUGAUCAGCGUGCGGGGAGCUCUAAAAUUUCAAGAGGCUCACGUGCAAAUGCUUGGUGCUCGCAACAGCUCUCUGCGAAGAAGGGGGGAUCAUCCCAUUUCACAGAGGAGGAAACCAAGGCUCAGGUUAAAUGACGUCCAAGCCUGCAAAGCAGCGGGGAAGGCAGAAUUGGUUUCUGUGAUAGAGCUGUACUCCAGCCCAGAUACUCCGCCCUGUGGCCCUGCACCUUCUCUUUUCUAUAAGCGGAUGCCCCCUCCCCGCCAAAAAACAGUCCUAGUGGCUUUUCCCACUUUGUCCUUGAAACACAGGCUUUGGAAAUACCUCCGAGGUCUUGUUUCAUCCGUAUGUUGAAGCAGAGGCCAAGCAGACCCUGACCUCCCUGAGGGCAGGCGGGCACAUGACUGUGUCUGAGGCCCCUUCCAGGCUGGCCCUUUUUAGCCCAGAGGAUGAGUGGAAUCGAAUUGAAGGUAGGCAGCUGCUUCAGCCUCCUAAGUUGUUCCCACUUGAAAAUCUCCAGAGGCAUUCAAAGCCCUUAUCCUUUUAUUAUCAGUGGGGCCCCCACCUUCUGGGAUGGUGCGGGAGAGGAGGCAGUAAAGUGGCCUUUACCAAAGAAAGCUAGGAGGACAGGGCCUUAACAUGAACGAGGAAAGACACAGCGAUUCACUGGGUUUUGUGAACUAAGAAACAGGAACGGAAGGUACAGCGAGAUUGUGCGUGGUGAUCUGCCAGCCUUGUGUAGAGGCAAACGGAACCCGAUGAUAUCUGAGUGGCACACAUGCCCAGAACUGAUGAGCCCUCGUGUUACAGAUGAGGAAUCUGAGGCCCAAGACACACAGCUGCAACCCUUGGGGAAAGACAUUUUCUGCUCCCGCCAAGCUGGCAGGGCCUGCUUCCUGACUCUCCUGGGCGUGUCUUAAUUACCAGUCCCAGCGCCUCCUGAAAGGCCCACUCUCUCCCCCUGGUCACAGUGGAAGGAUCAUGGGAGAGACGGAAGGGAAGAAAGAUGAGGCUGAUUAUAAACGACUACAGACCUUCCCUCUGGUCAGGCACUCGGACAUGCCGGAGGAGAUGCGAGUGGAGACCAUGGAGCUGUGUGUCACGGCCUGUGAGAAAUUCUCCAACAACAACGAGAGCGCCGCCAAGAUGAUCAAGGAGACCAUGGACAAGAAGUUCGGCUCCUCCUGGCACGUGGUGAUCGGCGAAGGCUUCGGCUUUGAGAUCACGCACGAGGUGAAGAACCUCCUCUACCUGUACUUCGGGGGGACCCUGGCCGUGUGCGUCUGGAAGUGCUCCUGACACCGUCCCCCCCUCCUGCCCCUCCUCGGGGAUGGGGAGCAGCCCCGGGCAGGUCCUGGCUUCCCAGAGGAAGGCCGGGGCCUCUUCUCUCGUCCGUCCCGUGUCCCCAUCCCUGAGCCCCGCCCCGUGUGCGAAUUUGGCCACAUCUCUGUCCCCAGGCUCGCAGCCGUCUCCCGCCGAGUCCCGGGGUGUGAGGGGCAGCAGGGGAGGGGCGGGACGUGGAACUGCCCUCUCGGGGAUGUGCCAGCCCCACCUCGCUUGGCGGCGCCCCGCCCCUGCAUCCCGGAGCCCCCGCCUUCCCCCCAGCACUGCUACCGGGGGCCUCGAGAGGAAGCCUCUCCUCUCCGGCAUCUCUCUGGUCCCCCGGAGAAGCGGUGACCCCCAGAAGCCCCUUGCCCACCCCGACCCAGGCUGAACAAACCACUGCAUCUCGUCGGGCCGACAGCCCCUGGCUCUGGCUCUGGCUCGAGGACCCAGCCGCCUGUGCCCCUCCGUCCCCCGUCCCUCCCCAGCCGCCAGGCCGCGUGAACCUUUCACUUUGCCUCCACCCGUGCAGUCGGUAACCAGGGGCUGAGGGUGUGGGAGCUGCGACCGAGCAGUUUCUCCAAGAGUCACUGACCCCCGGUGAGACGCCUGGGCCAGGAGCGCACUCGCCGCGAGGCCGUUUCGCAGGGAAACCUGGCCUGCCGCUUACGUAGCAUCAGGGACCGCAUGCUGAUUUGUACUUCUUAUCUCUGCUGGGUUUUCUAUUCUCUUUCUGAGUGUGGGGAGAAGGGUUUUAGUAGAAGGGCGAAUCCUAUUUUACACAGCGGUCUUAUUUAUAUAAAUGUCUUGGUUUUUACAAUUAAAAUAACCAAAAACUGACCUUGA